AAAAAUCAUUACUGAGUCUUUUGUUAAUUUCUGUCUGAGCUGUGAUGCCCACCACAGCAGCGUCCUCAGUCCGUUUAUCAUGCGUUCAGUCAUAGGAGCAUUACCGUGUGUCGCCACUAAAUGGUGCUGUAGGCGAAGCAGGGCGGGGGUGGUGCUUGGUACGCAUACCGAUGGUCCAUAGCAGCCAAUCAUUGAAGAGCGAUGCUGCCCCUGCUGCAAUUUUGUAUUUCUAUCGAUGGAAGGGUUUUAAUGUGUCCCUCAAUACCUAAACCACACCAUGAAAGCUGAAGUAUUAUAGGUAUUAUAGAAGUAACCUCGGUCCAAAAUUAACCUUUACCCGCCAGUGGAAAGGUCCACCUGCCAAAGGGUCAAAUCUAUUCGCUAUGGCAGAGUUGAAUGUUGACCCCAAGCAGGCGAAGAGUUUUCGUAACCUGUGUACAGACAGAGGGGAGCACAGGGGCAUCAGUGACCACCCUACCCGCCCUACAACACAAAGCCAUAUGCAGUGUAAGCAUUUGGCUGAGCGCAGGCCCGUAGCCUGGCGCAGUGGAACCUGCUAGUGGAGCUACACAAUACUGUGAUCCCAGGCCCCGGCAGACCCCUCCACCCUCUCUCCCACUGUUUAUUCGGUGUUUCUCUCCAUCGCCCCGCGGCAGGCUGGCGGGAGCAUGGGCUCGGGGAGCGUGCUGAAGUUUGCGCUGUGCGAAGCGCUGCAGUUCGCGGGCCUGUGCGUGCCGCUCUUCAUCAUCGUGCAGAGGUUCGCCGUCAUCGUGGCGCGGGUGAAGACGUCCGCGCAGCCGCCGGGCGACGGCCACACCGCCUACUGGCUGAUAGUUGCCUCCUCGGUGGCCUACGUUACCACCGUGGCGCUGCUCGUCUGGGUGCCCAUGAAGUACAUGGUGUUCAUGAAGAAGAAGUUUCUGUUGAGGAAGAAAUGGCGUCCUGUGGCCCUGGUGUACGUGGUCCUCUCCACGCUACCCUGUUUCGCUGUCCUCAUCGCAAGCUCAGAGGUCCAGAUAAACAACAACAUCCAGAGCGAUACGUUCACGGAGCUCCCCGUGUCGCUGGUCCUCUUCUCGCUGGUGUGCAUCGACAUCGUGGAGAGGAUACGCUACUGCAGGCUGACGGGACAGGCGACCGACGUGGAGCGAGACGCUGAGAUCCCCUCCAUGGUGCUGACCCACAUAGAGCACGUGACCCCCGGUGCCGCCGCCGCCCCACCCGCUCCUGCAGCGGCGCCGGCACCGGCGGCCCCGCCCGCGGCCCCCGCCGACCCCGCGGCCCCCGCGGCGGGAGCAGCGGCGCCCAGCGGGCCGGGGACGGAGGCUAACGGUACCGUGCCUGGGGCCCCCGGUUGCCCCGGGCGACCGUUCAGCGUGUCGGGUCUGAGCUCCAACUCGGCGGGCAGCGGCGGCGUGGGGGUGUACCGCCCGCAGCCGUACGGCUACAACGGCCCGCUGCGCUUCCUGUGCGCCGCCGACGCCCGCGCCGACGUCUUCGCCGACGGCUUCCUGUUCUGGAUGGACACGGUGGAGAUGGUGCGCGUGGCCGGCCUGCCCGCCGUCUACUACUCGGGCUGGGUGUUCCCCAUCUACAUCUUCAGCUUCCUGUCCUGCCUGCGCCUGGUGGUGAUGCCGCGCAGCGUGCUGCUGUCGGCGCUGGGCGUGGCCCUGCAGGACCUCCCCUUCCUGUUUGUGCGCAUCGGCCUCAUCGCCUUCUUCGGCUUCGUCACGCCCGUGCUCUACCUGAUGAAGAACCUGCUGGUGUGCCUCGCCUUCGUCUACUUCAACUUCAUGACCAAGCUGAGGUUCCUCAACACGGAGAGGAUGUACUUCUAGACCCCCGA